AUGCUGUUCAAAACCGUUAUUCUGGGGCUUCUCGCCUCAGUUGGGCAGGCCCUUAGCAUUAACAACGAUGCCGCCUCUUUGCAGAGGCGUGCGUCGUCCGCUGAUCGAUUGGUCUUUUGCCAUUUCAUGAUGGGCAUUAUUGGCGAUCGUACCAGCGCCGCAGACUACGAUGACGAUAUGCGCCGUGCCAAAGAUGCGGGCAUCGAUGCUUUCGCCCUCAACAUCGGCACUGAUUCAAACGUCGACCAACAGCUUGGAUAUGCCUACCAGUCGGCAGCCAACAACGGCAUGAAGGUCUUCAUCUCCUUCGACUUCAACUGGUUCAAGCCCGGCAGCGACGCCGCCACCGUGGGUCGCAUGAUCGCUCAGUACGGCAGCCAGCCAGGCCAGCUCAUUGUUGACAACCGCAUUUUCGCAUCCACUUUCGCCGGAGACGGCCUUGAUGUCAACGCUGUGAAAUCUGCUGCUGGUUCAGACGUGUUCUUCGUUCCCAACUUCCAUCCUGAGCAAAGCUCUGCUGGUUCUGUCGAUGGAGCCUUCAACUGGAUGGGAUGGGCUAGCGAUGGGUACAACAAGGCACCCAAGGCUGGCCAGUCAGUCAGUGUUGCCGAUGGAGACAACAAAUACCUGAACUGGCUGGGCGGCAAGCCUUAUAUGGCUCCCGUUUCUCCCUGGUUCUUUACGCACUACGGACCGGAGGUCAGUUACAGCAAGAACUGGGUCUUCCCCGGUGGUUCCUUGAUUUUCGAUCGCUGGAAUGAGGUCCUGCAGAAGGGUUUCCCCAUGAUUGAGAUUGUUACAUGGAACGACUAUGGCGAGUCCCACUACAUCGGUCCCUUGAGCUCGCUUCACUAUGACGAUGGCAACUCCAAGUGGACAAACGACAUGCCCCACAACGGCUGGCUCGAUCUCUCCAAGCCUUACAUUGCUGCCUAUAAGAACAAGGAUACAUCCGUCAACAAGUAUAUCACCAAGGACCAGAUUAUCUACUGGUAUAGACGUACCCUGAAGAGCCUAGACUGCGACGCUACCGACACUACCUCGAACCGCCCCGUAGAGGGGAACGAAAACUACUUCAUGGGUCGUCCAGACGGCUGGAACACUAUGGACGAUGCCGUCUACGUUGUGACCAUGCUCACCCAGGCUGGGCAACUCACCGUCACCUCUGGCGGCCAGACCGUCGUCAAGGAGGUCCCCGCCGGUGCCAACCUGAUCGAAGUCCCCGCUGCUAUCGGACAGCAAAAGUUCAGCCUCUCACGAAACGGCCAGGUUGUCCUUGAAGAUACUUCCAAGAUGGACAUCUCCAACGUCUGCCCUUGCGGACUGUACAACUUCAAUGCCUACGUCGGAACUGUCCCCGCCGGCUUUGAUGACCCCUUGGGACCGGACGGCCUGAACUCUCUCACGAACGGACUCAUUGUCACCACUUGCUCCCCUCAGCCGUCUCUUGGGACUAACCCUCCUACGCAAACUGGAGGUAGCGGCGGUAAUGGCGGCAGCACCACCGCUGCUCCAGCUCCUACAAGCAACCCAGGCACAGGCCAAUGCAACGGCGGCACCAAUGCUGACGGCGAGACGGAGAACUACAAGGGUCUUUGCAGCUUCACCUGCGCCUAUGGAUACUGCCCUAGCGGCCCAUGCAAGUGCACCUCCAGCGGAACUCCCGGUACCCCUCCAGCAUACAGUGGGCGUGAUGGAUGCCCUGCUUCUGGGCUGAGCGAUGCCUACAAGGGUCUCUGCAGCUACACUUGCAGCCAUGGCUACUGCCCCGAGGGCGCAUGCCAAUACUGUUAA